AUGCUGAUUUGCAUAAGUCAUGAUCGAUUUUACUCAAUAUUUUUCCCACUUUACACAUUAAAUGCUAAAAAAUCGGUACAAAGGAUAAUUACUGUCGCUUGGAUUGUCAGCUUCUCAAUAAGUGUUCUAGUGGUUUGGUCUUACGAGAAACCUUUUAUACUAAAUUAUUUGUUCCUUCAAAAUAAUUUUUUGGUCUAUCGAUUCAAAUACACCUCAACUUGGACAUUGGUAUUGAACGCUUAUUUGAAGCUGAUGAAAGCACCUGGACUUAAUCAAUUAGAUUUACUUGUAGUUAAUCCACGAACAUAUGUAAAAAAGUAUGAAGUAUUGUUAUAA